CUGGAAGUGUUACAGCCAAAUAGUUUGAGUAGACACUCUUUUGCUUCCUGCCUGCCCGUCUGCCUCGCUCGCUUUGCUCUGCGGCUACGAGAGAGACGCUGAGAGAAAAUCCCUGUCUAGGCAUGGACCUCUGGCUGCAGCGCUCGGCAGCUUGCGAGGAAUGACAACAGCUCACAUGGUCAUUAACUCCACUCGCUGGGGCAGACGGGAGAACCGCACCAGAGCCAACGGGUGCCUCCUGUGUUUGGGACUAAGACAGAAGGACGCAGCUGAGCUCCAGGAAUGGAUAAACUGAGCUCUGACCAACUUCCCUGUCACUACUGAAGAGAAGCGUCCCCACAGCAUGAUGUUGCCACCAUUAUGUUUUAUAACAUGUGGAAGGUUCAAAUGAUCGUAGACAGAAAGUGCCUUUUGAGACAACAUCUCUACUUGAAGAUUUUGUCCGAAGAGCUCCGGAUAUUCCUCUGCAGUCUCUGCUGGUCAACGUUUAGCUCCAAGUCCUUCCUGAGUCCUGGUUUGUCCCCAUCUGCGCUCUUAGUGUGAAUAAACCCGAGCUGAAGCUGACGCCGCUUCACUGCUGGCCAGGGUGCCAAAGCGCCUCGGAUGUGGAGAGCUGCAAUCUUUGGGUUGUCCUAAAAUGUGCCAUUGUACUUUAAAAUAGGGCCACCUUUGCUCCCCAACACCCACCCUGCAAAAGAUAUCAUUACUCAUAAAAGGGACAUUUUGAGGACACUGGUGCAACCAAUACAGGUUGUCUCCAGGCAUGCCCCCUCUGCCUUGCCAGAUGUCUGCACUUGAGAUUUACUGAUUGAUGAUCACUCUGCUUGGCUGACAAACUCCACAACAACACAACUGUCCAUUCCCAUGCUCAGGUCACAGAGACUUUACCACCAGAUUUCCUCCGUUUUUUUUUGUCCUUCACUGACCUGAGGCAGAGUAUUUUUAGCCACACGUUCCAUCACUUUUAGUUGUCGUGCAUUUCAUUUUAUUGCCAGUUUUUUUUAUUUAUUUAACUGGAACGCUUUGAAACACCUCCUCUCAGGAUAACCUCCUCCCUAAACCGAGUGGCUCCUCUGCUUCCCCAGCUCCGCAGCCAUCACCCUCGACAUGGCGCUAAACAUAGCCUCGAUACGGGACACAAAAUGGCUGACCCUGGAAGUGUGCCGGCAGUUUCAGAGAGGAACGUGUUCGCGCAGUGACGAGGAAUGCAAAUUUGCCCACCCACCCAAAAGCUGCCAGGUGGAGAAUGGGAGAGUCAUUGCCUGUUUUGACUCGUUAAAGGGUCGUUGCACGCGAGAGAACUGCAAAUACCUCCACCCACCUGCUCACCUGAAGACCCAGCUGGAGAUCAAUGGGCGAAACAACCUGAUCCAGCAGAAGACUGCAGCCGCCAUGUUGGCUCAGCAGAUGCAGUUCAUGAUCCCCGGAACAACCAUGCAGCCUGUGCAGACGUUUCCAGUGAGCCAGGGCUUGGGAUCCAGCGCAGGCUUGAGCUACACACCUUACCUAACCCCGAUGUCCCAUAGCAUGGGCCUGGUUCCCACAGACAUUAUGUCCAGCACUCCCGUCAUCGUCCCCGGCAGCCCACCUGUGUCAGUGACUGGCGGUUCCUCCUCCAAUCAGAAACUUCUCCGUGCCGACAAGCUGGAGGUCUGCCGCGAGUUCCAGCGGGGCAACUGCGCCCGCGGCGAGACGGACUGCCGAUUUGCUCAUCCGAGCGACAGCCCCAUGAUUGACACCAGCGACAAUACGGUCACCGUGUGCAUGGACUACAUCAAGAGCCGCUGCUCCCGCGAGAAGUGCAAGUACUUUCACCCCCCGGCCCACCUGCAGGCCAAGAUUAAGGCUGCCCAGCACCAGGCCAACCAGACAGCUGUGGCUGCGCAAGCUGCAGCCACAGCCGCAGCCAUGACUCAGUCGACUGCCAAAGCAAUGAAGCGACCCCUCGAGGCAACUGUAGACCUGGCGUUCCCCCACGGUGUCCUCCAGCCCCUACCAAAGAGACCAGCACUUGAGAAGAGCAACGGAGCAAGCUCUCUGUUCAACCCCAGUGUUUUGCACUACCAGCAGGCGCUGGCCAACGCACAGCUCCAGCAGCCCGCUUUCUUUCCCACAGGGUCAGUGUUGUGCAUGACCCCCAGCAGUCUUGAUCAUCCUGAAGUGAGCGUCAGGAGGGAAGCAGAGUGUCACGAAGCUGCACUAGGAAGCCCAAAACAGCCCCUCUGUAAAUACUACCUUGCCUCUCCCAUAGAGGUCCAGCAACCUGCAUGCUAAGAGUGUAACACUUCAAUUUAACCACAAGAACUGCAGUGCCGGUGUAACACACACACAUACACACUCACACACACAGAAAACAAAAGAUACACACACGUAAUAUAUAAAAUACUGUAUGUAUUGCUAGAAAACAGAAUAUGAACAUAAAAAAGUAACAAAUAUUCUUAUGUAUAGUGCAUACAUAGCAGAUACACUAUAGAUACAGUGGAAUAUCUCCUCUUGCAUAUUUAUUUUAGAAAUUCUGCGCAGCGUUCGCCCCUUUGGUUGGUUGAAGCAGAUGUUUGGUUGAAGCAGCAGACUUAAAGAGCUCCUACACAGAACCACACCUUCGCAUUCGGCUUUUUCGGAAGGGUUUUUUUCUCUCUCGCUGUUUAAAACGUUAAUCAUCCUGUCACAGGUCAGGGUGCCUCCACCUGCCCCAGAUGCUGAAGCUCAUCCUCUUGCCCAACAUUUUAUCCCUGGAAACAUCUUGCCAAAGUUGGUUACCAUAGAGCACAGGCCCUCCUAAAUUCGUCUACUUUUAAUUUCGCCAUUGCUGCAAAGUCGACCUGCUCGCCCUUUAUUUGCCGUGACGCCGAAUUCAGCUUGUAUGCAUGCAGUCAGGACUGGAGAGGCUAAAAGCUCGAGCCUGUGCCAAGGGCUUGACAGAGCUGGAGGGUUAACUUCAGGCAUACCAAGCCUUGUGUGUGUACGUGCGACUGUGUGCGUUGUAUGUGUCGUAUCAGGAAACUGAUGGUCUGCCGGCAGACUGCAACUUUAAGCAAGGACUUGCAAAAGAUGGCAACUCCAGGCCUGGUAGAAGAGUUUGUUUGUUUUAUUUUUUAGGACCGGGGGACAUGUGAGGGAUUUAAGUGCUAAAUCUAAACAAAAACAAACAAAAAAAAGUUUGAAAAAAAAAAAAAAAGAAAACGGUGCAUUUGACGACACUCGUCAAGCAAAAAGAUGACUUGAACUUGAACUGGAGGGCUAUCUGUGACCGUCGGUUGUCCUGUCCAACCCUACUAUCACCGAUAAUCCUGUUUCCAUUUUAGAAAACUGUAGAAGUGCCUAAAAAAAUGUUAAAAAGCUCAUCAAUGACACAUAAACAUCCAGAGGUGGAUUACUAGGAGUCAUAAAAACCCACCGGCUGUUAAAACCGUACGGACUCUUUUCGGGGAAAGACAUUACACUCUGUUGCCGGGAAUCAGCUUCCUGGCAGCCGCUCAUUUUACAUCACAAGUGACUUUACUGAAAGAGGAGAGUUCAAUGGAUCGACAAAUCAAAACUAGCUUUGUAGAAUGUUUGGUGACGUUUCACGGUGUAUCCGUCGUUUCUUACAUCGGUUUCAGUAGUUUACAUGAGGAACGUGAGAGAAAAAAACUGCGUAUUGUGAACUGUGUAAUGUAUGUAAAAGUGUCUGUUAUUUUGAAAGUUUCUAUCCACGGUUCUAGAAAAUGUAUUCAGACUUAUUUAAAGAAGUUGUGUUGUGUCUACUAUCAAGGUGUGUUUGAACCUCCGCCUCCCUUAACAAAAAUUCGGUUUAAGCCAAGAUCAGAAAAAUCUCACUCGGAUUUUAUGUUUAACUUCGUGUUUUUAAAUUGGAGGUUUUUACUCCAUUUGAUCACAUUUCUGAUGUAAUCUCAUGGUGCUUGAUCAACACUGACAAUCCACUUUGUUUUCACGCACAUUGUGACCUGUAUGUACCCCGUAGCAACAAUAAUGGAAUAAAGGCCAAUAACAGGAUGUAAUAAAGCCAAUAACGCCACAACGUGCCAAUAUUGUUAUGAAACUUUUGAGCCAAUAUCCUAGCAUGAUUGUAGCAGUGCAAUAAGCUGUGUUAUUGACAUGGUGUUAAAAUAAAACAUUGAAAGGGUAAUAACUGCGUAACACAUGUUGUUAGAUAUUCAUGUUUCUAUCCCAUUUCGCUAAGUGAUCUAACCACCAGCUGCACUUCAAAAUAAUUAUUUGAAUAUUCAUCCAUGCAUGAAAUCAUGAAUUUAUAUAUCUAAGUAAGUAAAAGAUACUCUACUUCAGGUCAUUUUUAAAUAGGCUCUUAGAAUCUUUAAUUAAGGAGAGAGAGUCCUCUUAUUGCUUGUCCUUAAUGAAUAUUUUGGUAAGCAAACAGCAAAAUCUGCAAAAAAACAUAUAUAUUUCCGAGCAUCGAUGGCCUAUUUAUGCAUUACUACAUUAUCAACUAUAGUUAUUACUUUUUUAAAUAAUUUUUGGUUCUACAUUUGAGGGUACCUGAACCUAAAAAGCUCUCUACAGAAAAAGUGUGAUAAAAAUCAAAAAUUAUAAUGAUUUUGUUCACUUUGGCCCAAACCAGACCUAUAAAGGAUUUCUUACAUUUUUGUCCCAUUUCUGUUAUAAUAGCAUAUAUGCAAUUUAUAUAAAUAUAAACAGUGUAGUGCAGAGUGGAGUGUUUGAGGAGGUGUGUAAGUUAUCAGGACCAUUUUGUGUUACGAUAUUUUAAUUAAUUAAUUAAUUAAUAACGCAACGAAAUACAAGAAAGGGGCUUGAUUUAGACCCCUACGUUUGCUCUGCUGCCAACUAGUGGUUAAAUAUAUAAUUUCAUUAAAAAAAUAGCCCCUUCCAGUCUGAGUUUAUACAAAUUUGUACAACGAAUUAGUUUUUUCUGUAAGCAGAUGCUAAAUUAAGUAACCAUUUACUAACCCUAUGCCACUAGCAUUAACAUAGGCAAAAAUAUGAACUAUUAAAUAAUAGAAAGUGGCAAAAAGGUCACAUUUGGGCCAACAGGGGUUAAUGCUAUACCAAUAGCAUGAUAACUUAUGUUUUUGGCUAAAUGUUAAUGGCUCAAGAACUAUUACAUUAUUGGUUCCAUUACUGUUUAUGACAUUUAAAACGGCCAAAACUAUUACGUUAUCGGCCGUUAUUACCUUAUUGGUUGCUACGUACCCUUUUGUGAAAGGCGGUAAAAUGUCCUAUUUUAUUGUAAUUUAUCUUACGUCACUCUCGGUGAGAUUUUACUCAAAAAUGAUGUUGUAAACUAUUCUUUUCUGAGAUGAAUGUAAUUUAUUGAGCUGUGCAACGUUCCUGCACGGGUCGGUCGUUUUCAACGAUCGAGCCCUUCGUCUGGUCGGCAGGUGAGGAGUCGCGUUACAGCGGGGAGGCUUAAAAAGCUCACCCAACAUUGGAACUGGAAGCAGUUCUGGAUCUUUCUCGCCUCCUCGUCGAGGAUAAAAAUGUUGAAAAACGAUCACCAUGUCGGCAGCGUUGAGCAGAGCACCAGAGUUUCUUGUGUUAUUGGAGGAAAAAAAGUGUAUUGUAUAGAUGACAUUUUACCAACAAAAAAAGUGAGAAAAAAAAAAUGCAAAGAAAAUUUUGAAGAUGUACUUUUCACUCUAGUAUGAUAGUAUUUCAUAACAAUAUUAAGUUGUUGCGGUGGCAACCAAAUGUUGCAGUUACUAAAGUUUGGUAUUUUUGUAAAUGACAUUGUUAAGUUGAUUUUUUGUUUGUUUAUUUGUUUGUUUUUUUUUUGCUAGAAUUCUGUACACAAGGUAGAUUGUAAAGAAGAUAUAAACAUUUCUUAUUCUUCGAUGAGAAUAUGACAGUGACCUGAUAUUUUAAUUAGCAAAUAACAGCCUCUUUACUGACUGUAACACUUCUAGAUUUAAAAUAAUCAAUGUUAUAUAGAUAUAUAUAUAAUAAUAUAUAUAUAUAUAUAUAUAUAUAUAUAUAUAUAUGUAAGAACUAAAUAUUCUAUAAAUUAUUAAGUUCAGAUGUAACUCCUUCCCUUGACAAAGGAUCUUUCCCCACUGAGACGUUUUAUUUGAAGCGUAUUUAUCCGUAGAUUUUAGGAUUGCACUUUGUUUUUUGUUUUUUUCACUUCCUUUAGACUCCAAAGGCAUCGGUAAUUAAUUCAACAUAUUGUUGCAUAGGAAAACAAUACUUUUCUUUACUUACUAAACGAUAACGUACUGAAUGUUUUUAAAGAUAAAAAAAAAAAAUGUCUGUACGACCUGCAAAAACCUUGUGUAUGGGAUCCUUUUGAGAUUCAAGGUUUCUUGAAAUGUGUUGGCUGUCGUUGAUGAGAUGGUUUAAAAGAGAGUUAGAGAAGAUAAAUGUAAGCACUUUCUGAGCAGUUGGCCAACUGAGCAGACUCAGCUUAUCCAAACACUUUGCCUUAUCUUGAGUCCAUCGUGCUUGAGGUUUUAUGUUUUUAAUAGCUCUUAUGAAAUUUAUUAAAAAUGACUUGAACGGUCUCAAAUCCCUUCAGAGUUUCAUUUCAAAUGUAAUUCUUUAUAUCUGAGGUAAUUUGUUCUUAAAGGAUUUAAAGUUUGCAUCACAAAGUGAACAGGGAGGACUGCAAUUGAACCGGUCGCCUGGAUCUGUAGUAGCCACGUUUCCAUUGCCUUACAAUGGAACAGUUUGAGCAUGUAAUUCACAGCUUAUGACAGCAGAGGGCACUACAGUCAAGACUACAGGUUGCAGUCUCCUUUACAAAGUUUAACUGACAAUAAGACCCUCAUUGGAUUCAUAGUUUCAAUGUAAUCCUUUUAAAUGUAUUAUUUGCAUAUAUUUUGUGCUAUUUUAUGUUUAUAUAGUCAGUUGUUUCUUUGGUUCCAGCAAGAUAGUGUAAAAUCUAUUGAGAGAAAGAAAUAAAGAAAAUAAAACUAC